GUGUGAGCUCCAGUCUGGGGAUCACCAGCACGGCUGGCACGCCGUCGUAUACACCGACCUGCCUCGUCGUAACGUGCUCCCGGGAGUCGACAAAACUCACCCCCUGUUUGAACACAUUUCAACUGGACAGAGCCCUUUUCAACUCCCCGACGACAGAGGACUAACAUCUGGGCAAUGUCACUCACCAACUACCUUUCAUGGCAGCUCCAAGAAAUACGUCCGUUUCAGCGCUUUCUAUAUCUAGUGCUUUCGAGCAGGAUCUUCGGCUACUGGACCGUGCUGCUCACACUGGCGGUGGCGGUCUGCAUCCCGUCGUACCCCAGCCUCCGCGAGGCCACGCUGUCCAUCCUCUGGACCGAGUCCUUCUCCUCGACCAUCGUCGGGCUCGGGCUCAUGCGCCGCCCGCACUUCUGGGACAUGAUCCGCAGGAUGCAAGAGCUCGUCGCGGCCGCGCUGGCGGACGACGACGACGAUCGCGUCGGGACGGUCGGCAAACGUAGCCAGGAGAAGUGGGCGGUCCUCAUGCGGCGCAACGUCAUCUGGUCGUCCGGGGCGCUGCUGUGCGUGGGCACGAUGAUCAUCGUCAGCAUGUGGCUGCGCGUGCUGGUCACGCUCAAGCCGCUGUGCGCCAUCUGGCCGCUCUACCCGCACGCCGGCCCCGCGGCCGAGCCCUUCGCGUCGCUGUUCACCGCCACCUUCAUCGCUCUGCCCGUCUGCUGCGUCGGCUUCCUGGUGGCGGCGCUGUCCUUCCUCACCUGCAGCGCGGCCGGUCUGCACCACGCCCUGGCGCAGCGCCUGACCGAGUCCCGGGCGCCGAAGGACACGUACCGGGUCAUCGCCAUGCACCAGAAGGUGCGCCAGCUCUCCAUCGAGUUCACAGAGUUCUUCGACGGCAGUAUGGCGCAGCUCAUGGCCGGCCCGAUCGGCAACUCUUUGCUCGCCACCCUCCAGGUACUGGCCAACGACGUGGACGUCAACACCUUCUCGCAGAUCUUCGUGGUGGUGGUGACGCUGCUGCAGGUGUCGUACCUUAGCCAGGAGCUGUCCGACUCGAGCUACGCCCUGCGCAGGGUCGCCUACCAGGUGGGCGUCGAGGCCCGCACCCUGGCCGAGGCCCGCGCCCUACGGCUGGUCAUCCUGGUGGCGGGCAGGACGCCGGCGCUCAGCUGCAAGGGGCUCGGCCGGCUCAGUCUGCCCGCCGCCGGCCGGGUCAUCCGCGAGUUCUACUCGGCCGUCAGCGUGCUCGGCCCGCGGUACAACAAGUAAACUCAUCGCACCACAGUAAGUACAGCCUUAUUUUCCUUUUUUUUGUGCCUCGCGUCACUUCUAUUUUCGAACAUUUAUUAUCGCUUUGUGUAUCUUUUUCCACGAUAAGGACGGCAGGUGUGGGUGUGUUUGCGCCUUUUCGCAGUUUAGUUUAGAUUAAGGACGAUGGAUAAAAAGGAUCCACAAAUAAAAUC